GUUGUUUUUUCUUCAGAAAAUGAACUGGACUAAUCGAGGUGUUGAAUUUGUGGAAGUUUAUAAAGAAUUGAUUUUAAAUUUGGUGUCUGCUCACACGUGUUACUUGCGUCCUGUCUUAAAAAUGCUAAUACAGAUAUUCUUGAAAGCAUCUUUAAGGACUGGUGAAGGUAAAGUUGAAAUAUCUACUGUUACAGUAGAAGAGCAGAAAAUGUUUGACAGAGCCCAUGUUUUGCUACAGGAAAUAAUUAAUCUUGUACCUUUGACACCAAAUAUUCUGUUUCCACUUCUUGCUGAUAGUUUCCCCUAUAUGCGGAAAGAUCCUUGUUCCCAAGUGUCCUAUGUAAAAAAUAUCCUGAGAAUGUGUGGCUACCUUUCUGUUCAUAGGCAAAAGAUUUUAGGCUUACUGAUAGAUAAAGUUCUAAACAUUGAUGUACAUUGUCCUAAAGACAAGAUAGAAGAAGCAGAAGAGGAAGACCAUAUGGAUACUGAAAAUGUUUUUCUCAUGGAGACAGAUGAACAAUCACCUUCCAGCUUGAGCAUGAAUGAUCCAUUAGCCAACACAUUGGACAUCAUGAUGGAAGACAUUUUUCAUUUUAUUGAUUGUGUUUGUGGUAUUCAAGAUGGGAACAAGGAACUGAACUGGGAAACUACUAAACAACUCUACAAGGACUUCUUGGUGAUCUUUGACAAAAUGAUUCUACCAACACAUGCAUCAGUUCAUGUACAGUUUAUCCUGUUUUACCUUUGUAGCUUGCACCCUAUGAUAAGUGAUGGAUUUUUAGAUUACUUGUGGAAGAAAGUUCAAAAUCCAAACACUCCCAGUGUUAUAAGACAAGCUUCAGCCUGUUACAUUGGAAGUUUGUUGGCUAGAGCCACUUACAUUUCAUUAAGCACUGUCACAGCAUGCUUCGAUCUUAUGUGUGGUUGGAUCCACAGUUACAUAGAGAAUUUAACUGGUAGUUCUCGUCUGAUUGUUGACACAUGUCUCCAUGGCACUUUCUACGCUGUCUGCCAAGCUAUUUUUUAUGUUUUUGCCUUCAGACACAAGGAAUUGAUUGAGAUGAAAAAUGGGUUGAAAUACCUGCGAGGUUUGAAUCUAGAAAGAAUCGUCACUUGUCGCCUAAACCCCCUAAAAGUCUGUAUGUCAGCAGUUGUGAGAAACUUUGCGAAUGUUGCAAGGAACUACCAGCUUGUUUACUGUUAUACUAUCAUUGAAAGAAACAACCGAAGUCUCAUCCCUGUAGCUGCCAGUCAGGUAUCUGGAAUCACACAAUCAGUUUCUUUUUCCAAGAUGGAAACGUUUUUUCCAUUUGACCCAUAUUUAUUGAAGAGGUCCAGAAAAUGGAUUACUUCCUUAUUUCGGGUGUAUGAUGGUCAGGUUGAGGAAAAUCAGUCUGAACAUGAGGAAGAAGAUGACUUUCUUACAGAAAAUAUUAGUCCUUCAAGCACAGCUGUGGGUGUGACACCUUCCAGUCUUUCAGAACUCAUGUCCUAUGGCAUUUCGCCUGGUUUCAAACAAAUUUUAUCUCCUAAACAAAGAAUAUCCUGAACAUACUAUUAUAUUAAUGUACAAUGCAGAUAUUGUAAGUAAAAAGAUAAUUUUCAUUUA